ACAGGAGCAAAGUUCAAGUCUAAUCUCGGUGAUUCUAUCGUAAAUGUGUUAUCAGCAACACACAUUUGUAUUUAUAUUGUAACAAGAGUAUUCAUAUAUAAGUUAGAUGUUCUUCUAUAUCACGAUAGUUAUAAUGAAUUCGGCAUUAAAGAAGGGCCUCCCGUUUCUACUGGCUGUGCUUAGUUCAGUUAAGCCGUCGAUGGUUGAAGCAUAUAGGAGUGUUUUACAAAACUUAUAUUUGAGUUCAAGUUUUUCAGCAUUGGAAAUUGAAAAUUUACUCGAGAACAAAAGUUUUGAUUAUUUAGAACUGAGUCAAAAAUGUGCGAAAGAUUUAAUGUUUUAUCGAACGGGAAUUCAAAAUCGAGAACUAUGGGCGAUGAAAAUGUUAGACGCGUCCAGCAAAGGCCAAACUGGUAUCUUGGAAGGGAAUGUAAUAAAUCUUGGAAAUUAUGACGAAUGUGUGACAACAAAUUAUGCCGAUAUACAAGGAAGAUAUUGUACUUAUACUUUGUCAGUAGCCGAUAACAGUGUACCAUUAGUUUUCAAACCAACAUUGUCGUUUUGUCUGCCUGCAUCCUGCGACAUAAAAGAUCUAGAGCUUUUAGCUAAUAGCACAAUAGUGAGAAAUCCAACUUUCCAAAAAUUCGGAAUUUCUCCAGGAUUCGCCACGUGUUCCAGUAUCGAACCAUUAAAAUGGUUAUGGGCAGGAAUUAUCAGCGUGUCGCUCUUGGCUAUUUUAAUUCUCUUCGUUGUUUUCUGUACAAUCCUGGAUACUUUAUGCUCACCGCAAAUGAAGGAAAAAGGUUUUCUUAACAUUGCCAAUAAAUUUUCAAUGUAUACGAAUGGUCGAAAUAUACUUAGCACUAAAGAAUCACCAAAUACUCUGUCGUCAUUGCGUGGAUUGCGAUCCUUAAACAUGGUAUGGAUCUUUCUGGGACAUCAGCACGUCAUUGAAAUGUUGGCUCCGACUUUCAAUUCUGCAGAAAUAGUUGAUUGCAUCCAAUCCUGGAAAUUGAUGUACAUUUAUAUUGCUCCAUUUUCUGUGGACACAUUUUUCACCAUAAGUGGAUUUCUGAUGAGUUACUUAUUUAUGAAAGAAAUGGCUAAAGGGACAAAAUUCAAUAUCUUUCACUAUUACAUUCAUCGUUAUAUUAGAUUAACCCCCUCGCUUCUCAUUGUUUUGAUAUCGGUGCUUUAUAUAUAUCCAAGCUUUGGCUCUGGACCUGGUUGGAAUUUUAUUAUGAGUUACACUUCUGAGACUUGUUAUCAGAAUUGGUGGGCAAUCUUACUGUAUGUUCAAAACAUUUUUAGUAAAGGAAAUACGUGUUUAAUACAUACAUGGUACUUGGCUGUGGAUAUGCAACUAUUUUGGAUAUCACCAAUAAUCCUUUAUCCUCUGGCACGAAAACCAAAAAUCGGUCUCGCAAUAUUAGGAUUAUUUUUCAUAAUUUCCAUUGUAGUGCCAAUCCUGGUUUUCAUUUCUGGUGAUUACAUAGUUCCUCUUUACGAUCCUAAAAUGAGUUCUGAAAAAAUUAUAAAUCAAUUUGCUGAAUUUUAUUCAGUAACGUAUACCAGAGCUGCACCGUGGAUAGUUGGUAUCUAUCUUGGAUACAGAAUGGCUGCAAAGAAGCCUAGGAAGUUGAAGAAAAUUGAAUCGGCCUUUUUUUGGUCCUUAGCAAUAAUGGCUUUUGGCUUUUGCAUUUAUGGCCAUUAUGUCAUUAAUCAAACAGUACAUCAUCGUCAUAUGAUUUUUGAAAUUAUUUAUGUUGGCUUAUCAAGGCCUCUUUGGGGAGCUGGGAUUGCUUGGAUUAUUUAUGCAAGCACCAAUGGCUACGGAGGAAUUAUUAAUACAAUUUUGUCAAUGCCAAUUUUUAUCCCAAUGAGUAAAAUAUCUUAUAGUUUCUACUUGACACAUGUGGUCGUGCAGAUUAUUCGAAUUGCAACAUUUCGUACCCCAGUGUACUUCUCACUAACUAAUAUUAUGAGUGUUUCUCUCUUCAACAUAAUAAUAUCCUCGGUAAUUGCCAUUUUAUUGAGUCUCUUUAUCGAAUCGCCUGUGUUAGCACUGGAAAAGAUGAUGUUAAGAAAAAAUCAUGAAAAAAAGAGCGAGUUAAGUAAACAGUUGUGCAUCGACAACUCGAAGAAGAAGCAAACGACAGAAAAAAAUAAGAAACAGAUAUGCAAGUGUAAUGACAGGACACCGGUUCCUGUAUCCUUGAGAGGAAACCAGGAAGUGCCUGUGGGAGGAAGGAAGAUACACCCACCUGUGAAAUCGGAUGAGGAUCUACAGGAGUCGAGGAAGAUCGGAUUCAGGAGUGAUAAGACUGUCAAGAUAGUUGAACGCUCGAGGAUACAACGUAAGACUGGUCCUGUUCUCAAAGUUGGUGCUGUUAGAAAUGUGGUUAGGGUAAAGGUGGCGCCGGUACAGGAGGAAGAGGAAGAUAAUGGAGUGGAGGGGAUUGGUAAUGGGGAGAUGGUAGAGAGAGAGGAUGAUGAUGAUGAUGACGACGACGAAAGUGAAGAUGAGGAUGAUGAUGAUGAUGAUGAUGAUGAUGAUGAUGAUGAUGAUGAUGAUGAUGAUGAUGAUGAUGAUGAUGAUGAUGAUGAUGAUGAUGAUGACGAUGACCAAGAUGAUGAAGACGAAGAUAAGAGCGAGGAUAAUGAUUUCGAUGACAAUAAACAUGCAGGAUCAGAUACAGAGAAAUUUGAGAACAGCGAAAAUGACGAAAAUGACGACGAAUCCGAAAUUGAAGUUAAAAAAGAACCAAUAAAAUCUGAGAAGAUCAGAAGAAGUAUGGAGAGCACAGAGAUGAAAGAAAAACGAAACAUUAAAAUCUCAAAAGAAGUGUCAAAAGACAAAACGGCUGACGUCGAUAUCAAAGACAGCGAAGAAGAACAAGAUAAUGACGAAGAUGAAGAUGAAACUCAAAUCAAAGAUGAAACUCCUCCGCCACAAUCACCACAAAGAAAAUUAGAAAAAGUACGACUUGCGAAUAAGUCAAAAUCCAUAGAAAUUCUUCAUACAAAAGGAGAAGCGGAAGUGGAAGUACGAACGGAAGAGCCAAAGAAAUCCGAUGUAAAUAAAGCAGAGCCUCCAAAGGUACCAAAAGAGCCGUCCAAGGUAAAACCAACCGCAUAUAAGGAGGAACUAAAACCGCAAACGAAAGUGCAGAAAGAGAAAACGAAACCGAAAUCCGAAGAGAAGGCGAGAAAGGAUUUAGAGAAAUCAAAAGUAAAGACGUCUAAGGAACAGGUGAAGGAGACAGUAGAAAAAUCGAAAAUGAAGUCACCGGAGACAAUGCCGCCUGUAAGAACACCAAUAAAAGAGCAACAAGAGAAGACCGAUCUAAAGGCAAAAAAGAAGAAAAUAGUGGAAGCCUCGAUAACAUUAACAGAAUUAAACGACAUGAUUCUACAGGUACCAACAUUUUUACCGAAUUUCACAGCUGUUGAAAAUCCAGUAUGUCAAAAGCAUGGAAAGAUAUUCCUAAGACAAUUACGUGGCUUCAAACUUUGGGCUCUUCAAAUGCUGGAUUCAAGUGCUAAAAUACCGUCAGGAUUACUGCGUGGAAAUGUUAAUCAAUUAGGUGAUUUUGACGAAUGCCUGGGUAUAAUGGCGCGUGUGAAAGUCGAUGACAAAACCAUAAAAGUUCAGGGAAAGUAUUGCCUGGCUGCAGUGGACCUGCAUGCGUCACGAUCAGAAGCAAAAGUCCCAGUGAAUCUGAUGCAAAGUCGGGCCUUCGUAAGAGGAAGUAUUCGCGAUCCAGGACACUUCAUACCCAGAUUCACUACUUUAAAUUGGGCCUUAUGCCUCCCUGCAGCAUGUUCUGCCGAAGAUGCCCAAACAGCAAUGGAAAAGACUCUUGAACCUUAUAACGUGUCGUCCGGAGUGAAAUUCUCAGUGAACGUCAACGAAGAUAUGUGUUACGUUCAACAAAAGACUCAGACUUAUUCCAAAGAGACUAUAGGAGUACUGUACUUUUAUGCUAUGACGUUUUGUCUGGUGCUGAUAGCAACCUUGAGAGACUAUUGCAUCAGUGAGCAGGGAAAAGGCUCAUACUCAGAAAGGAUUAUAAUGGCCUUUUCACUGCGAAGAACUACCAAUGCACUUAUUAGAAAUGCAUCCAAUAAAGGAGACAUUAGAUGCAUACAUGGAAUCAGAUCGCUUGCUACCAUUUUUCUUUACGUGGCUCAUAAACUUAUACCUGUAUCAAGGAUGUCAUUUGCAAAUCGAAUUUUACUGACGGAGGUGGCGAAUAAUCCUAUCAGCUCUGUUUUGAGAGUUUCUUUGGUUUAUACGGAUUCAUUUUUACUUCUUAGUGGAGUCCUCACGGCAUACAAUAUGGCGAAGGAGAUGAGGACUCGAGGAGAAAUUCGAUGGUUCUGCAGAUUCGUUUCUAGGUAUAUUAGGCUGACACCUGCAUUACUCGUUGUUGUAUUUUGGUACGCAUUUGUAAUGGAACAUGUCGGUUCUGGACCACAGUGGAACAGCAUCGUAAAGAAUAAUGCGGAUAUAUGUAAAAGAAAUGCCUGGACUAAUGUAUUAUAUAUACAAAAUUUCUUUCCAUUUGAAGAAAUGUGCGCUACCCAUACACAUCAGCUGGCUCUUGAUAUGCAAUUAUCAUUGUUGGCACCCAUGCUCGUCUUCUUUCUUAUUUGCAAACCAAUAAUUGGCAUCCUGAUAAUAUUCUUUUUAUUGCAAGUAUCGGCUACUGUACGUUACUUGUCAACGUCGAAUAAUUAUUUGUCUUUAGUGAUAUUCCAUGGAAUCACUCUGAAACAUCUGUACAAGACAGCCAAUUUGACUUAUGCAUUACCAUUGCACAGAGCUACGCCCUAUUUAUGUGGCGUUGGACUUGGUGUACUUUUAGAUUAUACAGGAAAAAAUAUUCGAAUUCAUAAGAUACUCGUUAUAUUGGGCUGGCUAAUAGCAUCAGUCUUGGGGGGAUGGUCGUUAUUCUCACCCUGGAAACUCGCCAGAAGGGAUUACGUCUACGACGUCGAGGAUGCUACUCAUUUUGCUGUGAUCUGUCCAGUUUCCUGGUCCUUGACUUUAUGCUGGACGAUAUUCGCCUGCUUUACAAAUCAUGGUGGUCCUGUGAACAGAAUCCUCUCCAGUAGAUGGGCUGUAAUAUUCAGCAGGAUAUCGUAUGCUGUUUAUUUGACGCAAUUUGCUGUUUUCUUUUACAACGUUGGCACCACUAGGUAUCCAUCCGAGUUCCAGAUUCAUAGGGCCAUUGACCUGUACGAAGUUGCUGCUGUUAUAUUGGUAUCGGUGGUGCUCACUCUAUUUUUUGAUAUGCCAAUGCAAGAAGUCAAAAAUGUUAUAAUGGAAAGUAGUGACGGUCUGGUAAUAGAAACAACGAGUGAGGAGAAUAAAGAACAUACGCAAAUGGAUGGGGGAAAGGAAGAAAAGUUGCCUAAGGAAAUAGGGGAUGAUGAAGUAGACUCUACUGGAUGGGAUUGGCAGAAGGAUAUAGCAGAGGGUGUUUCGAGGAAUGAUAAAAAAGAAGAUACCGAGGAAGAUGACCCUAUUGAGAUUUGGAACUUGAAGAAACAGGAAGUUAGACGGAAGUCCCUGAUAAGACGCGAUGCUGAAGAUAAGGAAGAGAUUCCUACUUGGGACUGGAUAAGAGGACCAAGUAAAAGAGUAUCUCGUGAAGAAGAGAUCAUUGAAAGGGGCCCAAGGGGUAGGGGUCGUCAGAGAAGUUCUGUAAAGGAUGCCGAUGAGGAUAUCAAAAGAGCUCAACAGCAGCGUGAAGAGGAGUUCAGGAGAGACAGGCGAUCUCAGUCCAGGACAAUAGAUAGUAAAAGAUCUUCCGUCAAGGACAACGAGGAUCCUUCCUGGGAAUUUUUAAGGAGGGAACGAUCUUCUUCUAGACCUAGUGAAAUUCAAAAAGUCAAGGAGGACGAUGCUAGGCAAUUUAAACGAGAAAGAUCAGAAUCAAAGGGAAGAUCCAUACGGGAACCCGACGAGAAUCCAUCUUGGGAAUUCGUAACUAGGGAACGUGCAUCAUCCAAAGGAUCAGAGUCAAAAAGGGCCUCUAUAAAGUCUCCAUCAGAGGAACUCAGACCUAUGCGUCAGAGUUUGGAAAAGCCACUGGAAUCAAAACGGACGUUUUCUUCGGGGAGUGAAGAGGAGUUAAUUCCACGAGGAAAAUUGAAAAUGGAAGAAUCAUACGACGAGCCAAGGAAAUCGGAUGAGGAAAAUUGGGAGGAAGCACUGAGAUUACGCAGAGAGAAAUUAAAAUCACAGGAUGUACCGUCUCAGGAGCCCGAAGACGGGGCGGAAUGGAGAGUUACAAGAAGAUCCUCUGCAGAGGGUAAAAUAGCAUUGCUCAAAGAUACAACUGACAUAGACGUAAUGAAUACCUGGAGGAUCCCACGAGUAUCCCGGAUGGGUUCGUCGCAGGAGCCUAGCGAGCCAGAGGAUGAUGUUAUCCAUUCCCCCAGGAGGGAUGAUUAUCGCGAAAAGGCACUACCCUUCGACAGGGAGGAAACACAGAGUGAGGAAGAGAGUAGCUGGGAUAAUUCUAGACGAAGGUCUUACACCAGUGGCAGUCAGCCCACUUCCCUGGAGGAAGAGGACGAAAUGUCCAGUUAUGAUUUCGUCCUGCGGAAAGAAAGUAAAAGGACAUCACUGAGGGAUCUAAGUAGAUUAGACGAUCCUGAGAUAGAGGAGGAUUCCGGAUGGGACCUGGUGAAGGAUGAUAAGAGUGAUUCAGCUCCAAGAAGUUCUUCAGGACUCUUCAAACGUGAAUCCAUUAUAAAGAGUCAAGCCAGUGAAGAGGAUCCUGAAUAUUUACUUCCGGAAAGACCAAAGCUAGUAGAACAAGAGCAAAUACAUCCAUUCAAAAAAGCUUGGCAGGUGCAAAAGUCACGAUCAGAAGAGGAAGGACCUUCCGGUUUUUUAGCGAAGGAUACUAAACCAUCCAAUAGUGGUUCCACUAGCAGACGGGAGGACGAUUCGAACGACAGGCGUAGAAAGGAUCCCACGGGAGGACAUUCGAAGGAUCUAGAAAAUUUUCUUGGGGAUGAGAGAGAGUCCAGGUCUCAGAGUGAGGAUAAUACUCCAAGCUUGAAAUCCGAGACUGACGAGGAUUCUUCAAGAUUUCAUUGGCCCAGCGAGGACGAGCAGUUGGCCAGUUACAAGCAGCAGCUGAGAAGGCGAUCCGAGGAGGCGAACUGGGACUGGGAACAGGAGGAGACUUGUAAAGUCUUCUCCAACGCAAGUAUGGGCGAUUCAAACAUGGUUGAGAGGAUGACAGCACCGCCAAAUGUUAAAAUACUCAGGUACGCUGAGUUAAGAGGAUAUGCGGUGGUCGUCACCCCUGCCAAAAUAAAUUCUCCAGGUCUGCGCCAUCUCCAUAGAGGAUACACGACUAUGGGUGCCAAGAUGAAGAGUUGCGUAUCUACCGAGAGGUACCAAGAUUGGAACAUGCACUGGGUUGAUUUUGCGCACCAGGUUAUCAGUGUUGACAGUGAGGAAGUACUUCUGAUAAAAAUGAAAACUCUUACAGACAUUCACGUAGUCAUUGUCCUUCUCGUUUCCGGUGCUUCUCUAAGCUAUUCCAAGAAUUUCAAUUGGAUCACCCAAAUGGCAUCAUACAUGGAGCCAAUAUCAGCAGAAGUAAGCGAAAAAUGUCGAGAGGACGUUAAAGAAUUUUUAUUCGAAACUCAAAACUUGUCUAUGUGGGCAGUGAGCAUGAUGGACGCUAUGGGAAAGUAUCCGUCUGGUGUAUUGUCUGGAAAUAUUCGGUCAAUGGGAAGCUUUGAUCAGUGUCUGAGAGUGCAGCAUCCCCAAGAGAAAUAUCAAGGGAAAUAUUGCUUAUUAAGAUUGCAUUAUUCAGCGUACGGAGAGAAGGAGCAUCUCUACGAGAGAUUCAUCAGUCUCGUGACGGCCGAGAGAGGAAAACUGGAGACCGGGGACGAUUGGCUACAGGGUACUCUGAUACUCCCAACGUAUUCCUACAGCGAAUGGGCUCUCUGUAUUCCAUCUUCUUGCACGGCUCGGGACGUAAAAAUUUUAUCGAUGAACGCUAUUGAGAGAGCAAUCUUUCCUAGUGGAAUACACAUAUCGAUUUCAUUGGACGAGAGUAACUGUUAUGUUGGCUCAAUAAGAAGACCCUAUCAACUGCUCGAUUUUUUAGUGACAAUUAUUCUAGUCGGUCUCUGCCUUGCUGUCGUUACUGGUACUGUAUGCCGCAGACGAAGCAUAGAUAUAGAAAAGAAUAAAUGCGAGAGCGACAAACUACUUUGGAAAACACUUGGCUAUUUUUCUCUGUUUGACAAUUGGGGACGUUUGGUGAAUAUGGAAACUUAUCCAGACGAUUCCAUAACUUGUCUCGAGGGUAUACGUUCUCUGUCCACACUCUGGGUGGUAAUGACACAUCAGAUAAUACUGAUUAGCCAAUUACCGUUCAUCAAUAAAUUGGAAACUAUGCAGACGCAUAAUAAUUACCUCUAUUACGCAUUAUGGAACAGUUACUUCAAUGUUGAUACUUUUCUACUCGUGAGUGGCCUCCUACGCUCAUACACUUUAAUGAGAAACUUGGAAAAGGGAUCGGCAAGUUUUGUCAAAUCGGCGUUACAGAGAUAUUUAAGACUUACGCCUACUUAUAUUUUCGUUAUAUUGUUCUACGUGACGAUCUAUGAUAGACUUGACAAUGGACCAGCUUGGAAUUAUUACGUUACGAGAAACAGCGAGGCGUGUAGAAGAAAUUGGUGGCAAAAUUUGUUAUACGUUAAUAACUACGAUUCAGGGAAUGAUAAGUGUAUGCUCCAGUCCUGGUAUCUAUCGGCUGAUAUGCAAUUAUUCUUGACUGCGCCAUUAAUCGUUUAUCCAUUAUGGAAAUGGAAAUACACAGGAAAAAUGAUUAUAGCUAUCGCACUUAUAUUCUCCAUUCUUUUACCGUUCGUUACCACUGUCAUCUACAAACUUCCUGGAACUUACGUAUUUUCUGUGAGUAAUUCACUCCUGAACGAAUAUGCUCACCGUAUAUACAUGGCUACCCACAACAGAAUGUCACCGUACCUGGUAGGACUGUGUCUUGGAGGAAUACUCCAUGAAAAGAGGAUAGUGCGAUUGGAAAAAUGGAAAAUAAUCCUUGGGUGGACUUUGUCCUUGGCGGUGAUGUAUGCCUGCGUUUAUGGUGCAAAGGGGAUUACUUCUAUUCACCAUCCGUACGAUCUAUGGGAGGCUGCUACCUAUGGUGGUUUCCAUCGUUUUGCCUGGUCGAUUUGUGUCGCUUGGAUCGUUUAUGCCUGUCACACGGGUUACGCCGGUCCUAUCAAUGCUUUAUUGUCAUGUGGUAUUUUCAAGAUAUUUGGCAAAAUAAGUUACUGCGUGUAUCUCACACAUUUGGCGGUGUUGCUUUACAAUUCUGCAGUAUUGCAGUCACCUCGACAAUUGCACACAUACAUAACGAUUCGCGAUUUUCUAGGAGAUUACGCCAUUAUCUUUUUGAUAUCUUUGCUGGUCUACCUGCUCGUCGAAUCGCCUUUUUCUCAUUUAACUCGUUACAUGUUUAAAAAGUAUUAAUAAAAGAACAAAUAACUGA